CUCGGAGGCGGCGGGGACGAACGCCCGGGCGCCCCGAGGCUCCGGGAUGUGGAGCGGGCAGCCCCACCCGGACGAGGGCCACCCUCUGCCCCUUGAAGCUGUCCCUGUCUCCUGGAAGAGCGUGGGCUCCUGCAGAGGCCUUAGGGAGUCCCCGGGGGGGCUGGCAGAGACCUCUGCGGGGAAGGAGGCCCCCAGUGAGGAGGGCCCUGCAGCUGCCCCGCUGGACGUCUCACGCCUGCGCAGCUCGUCCAUGGAGAUCCGUGAGAAGGGCUCGGAGUUCCUGAAGGAAGAGCUGCACAAAGCGCAGAAGGAGCUAAAACUGAAGGAUGAGGAGUGUGAGCGGCUGUCCAAGGUCCGGGAGCAGCUGGAACAGGAGCUGGAGGAGCUGACAGCCAGCCUCUUUGAGGAAGCCCACAAGAUGGUUCGAGAAGCCAACAUGAAGCAGGCAGCGUCAGAAAAGCAGCUAAAAGAGGCUCGGGGCAAGAUCGACAUGCUGCAGGCGGAGGUGACAGCCUUGAAGACGCUGGUCAUCACCUCCACACCGGCCUCUCCCAACCGCGAGCUCCACCCACAGCUGCUGAGCCCCACGAAGGCCGGGCCCCGCAAGGGCCACUUACGUCAUAAGAGCACCAGCAGCACCCUCUGCCCUGCCGUGUGCCCUGUGGCCGGCCACAUUCUCACCCCGGACAAGGAGGGCAAAGAGCCCGGGCUGCCCCCGCUCCUCUCCCUGCUCCUCUGUGUGGUCCCCAGCAAGGCGGUUCACCUCACCUACGAGCCAGCCUGGCAGCUCCCGCCUGGGGACCAGCCCGCAGCCCCCACCUCCGCUACCUCUCUCUCCUUUUCCCGACAGGUGGACACCACCCUGUUUGCAGAGUUUCAGGCCUGGAGAGAGUCGCCCACCUUGGACAAGAGCAGCCCCUUCCUAGAGAGGGUGUACCGGGAGGACGUGGGGCCCUGCCUGGACUUCACCGUGCAGGAGCUCUCCGCGCUGGUGCGGGCUGCCGUGGAGGACAACACGCUCACCAUUGAGCCCGUGGCUUCGCAGACACCACCCUCGGUGAAGGUGGCUGCAGUCGAUUAUGGCAGCACCAACACAUGUGCCCUCAGCGGAUUGGCCCGUGUCUGUCGCCACCGAAUCCGGCUCGGGGACUCUGAGAGCCACUACUACAUCUCGCCAUCCUCCCGGGCCAGGAUCACUGCCGUGUGCAACUUCUUCACCUACAUCCGCUACAUCCAGCAAGGCCUGGUGCGGCAGGACGCAGAGCCGAUGUUCUGGGAAAUCACAAGGCUGCGGAAGGAAAUGUCGCUGGCCAAGCUGGGUUUCUUCCCCCAGGAGGCCUAGGGCCUGGCUCAGGCCGGAGCGGGGCUCAGAGCUGGAGCCAGUACUUGCCCCAAGACUGACAGAUGGACAGGAAUACAGGGUCCUGCAGCCAGCCCUGAGCCAGAAGCUGAACAGAGGGACAAAUGGCCAGGCCAUGGAGGCAGCACUGCGCUGGAACCAAACGUCCAUCCCAGGACAGAAAGGACCUCAUGAGCUGACCCUUCUCUCUUCCUCAGUGGUACUACAGCUACCAGGAGGCUCUAGAAAGCACCAAAGACCAAGGAGCCUGGACCCAUACUCAGGGGCUCAGCUUUUUGGAGGGGACACCCAGGGCAGCCAGCACCCCUCACCCCCAGCCCCGGGAGCGGCUGCCUGCAGGGAUGUUAUUGCUGCCAUUUCCUCAGAAAGAAACUUUUGCUGGGUGGUGGCCUGAUUUCCUGAGUUCCCAAGCCCUGAGCCACCAGCACCCCCUUGUGGCCAUCCCUCACCUUAUUCCCAGGUGGCCUCCCCUUUGGACUGCCCAGUGAGCCUGCUAUCCUAAGUGCCCACGGGGCAGCGGUGCUAGGAGAGGCUGGCAGGGGCUUCCAUGCCAACUGGCAUCUGCCUGAGAACUGCCCCAAAGUUCCUAAGAUGGAUCAAGGCCCGCCCACACGCGCACUUGACCUUCCACCUUCCCUAUCUGAGCCCUGUGCUCCAGCACUCCAUGCCCCCACCCCUGCUGGAAGGGCUGGGGCACUUUUCUCCCAAAGUGAAACACAGACAGGACCUCAGGACACCAGGCAUGUUUUCAUCUGUGGGUGGCCAUUCAGACAGCAGGGGCUGAGGUUGCCAAGCAGGACUGCACGCAGGACUGGGGUGGGACGGGCAGGCCCCCGGCCCCUCCUCACCCCUCACAGCCCACUCGGGGCCGGGGUACAACCUGGGCACAUCCCUCAGCACAUCCGAUUUCCUCCUCUGAAUGGAAUGU